AUGACAAGACCUCCGAAACCAACUCUUGUUUCAAUCAAGAAAAUGACUGAAGAUUCAGAUAUAAACGCGGGUAUGACACAUGUUUUCAAUGAAUGUCAAUUUUCAAUGGCGGGCCAUAAAAAAUUAUUGGUUAUUAUGAAAUGUUUGUUUUAUAGAUCAGUUGAAUUAAACAAAUUAGAUUAUUUUUCUUUAAGAUUUUGUCAAUUAUUAAAUCAUUCAUUAGUUAUUAAAAAAGGAGAUCAUAAUGCAGAUAGAGUUUGUAAACUUAUUGCACAUUUUGUGAAAUUAUUAGCAGAAGAAUCAGCAAAACUUGAAGCAAAAGAUGAUGAAGUUGAAGAGGAAGUUGAUGAAACUACUAUAACUGAGUCUCAUUCUAAAUUCACAUUUUAUCUAAUAACCCAUUUAUUAAGAGGAAUUGAUGCAUCAAAUAAAACAGUACGAUAUAGAGUUGUUCAACUACUAGCUUUAAUGAUAAAAUAUAUGGGUGAUCUAGAUGUAAAUAUAUUCAAAUUAUUGAUUGUUUCAUUAUCAAAACGUUUACAUGAUCGAGAAAUUCAUAUAAGAAUGCAAGCUGUUAUUGCUUUGUCUAAUUUCCAAUACUUUGAGAUAGAUUUCGAGGAAGAGGAUGAACAAAAUUCACAAAAUAAAAUUACUAGUCAGUUAUUAAUCGAAUGGUUAAUGACUUGUUUACAACUUGAUGAUAGUGCAGAAGUUAGAAGAACUGCAAUGCUUAAUGUAAACAAAACAAAACACACAUUGAAUUUGCUACUAGAAAGAGUUAAAGAUGUUAAUAGCAUUAAUAGAAGACUUGUUUUCUCCAAAAUUACUCCUGAAUUGGGAUUAAUGAAAAAUUUGAAACCCAAACAAAGAGAAAUUUUAAUGCAAUUUGGACUACAUGAUAGAGAUAGAAAUGUUUCUGAUGCAGCAACAAGAUUAUUAUGUGAUAUCUGGUUUGAAUCCUGUAAAGAAGACCUCAAUUUAUUUUUAGAACUAUUAAAUGUUACAAAAAGUCAAAUUGCAGAAAAAGCACUCCUAUUAUUAUUCAAAGAAAAACCUGAAAUAUUAAAAAAAAUUGAAAUAAAUCGACAAUUUUGGAAAGCAUUAACUGUUGAAAGUUCAUUUUUAAUGAAAACUUUUUUCAUUCAUUGUAAUAAUAAUCGAUUAUACAACCUAAUUGAAGCAAAUUUUCCUGAUCCUUUAGAAUUAUCUGAUACUUUAAAAAAAUAUUUAGAUAUACAAAAGAAAAUAAAAAAUGAUCAAAAUGAUAUUCAUCAAAUUUAUGAAACUCAUAAUAAAGAAAUUAAUAAUAUUGAAAAUGAAAUGUUUGUUUUAGAAAAUAGUUUUGCAAAUAUAAAUUUAAAAUUACAUGCUAACCAGAAAAAAUUACAAAUGUUGGAACAAUUGGAUGUUAAAAAGACUACACAACAAAAAAGUGAUAUAAAACGACUAAAAACUGAGAUAAAAAAUCUUCAAAUUGAAUUCAAACAAAAUGAAGAACAAUAUAAGAAAUGUACACAACAUAAAGCAGUUAAAAUAAAUGGUUUUACAGCAGAUAGAGAAAAAUAUGAAGAAUAUGCAGAUAUGAUGAAAGAUUUAAGUUUUAUUGCAAAUCAAUUACUUAUGAUUUGUAUUGAUUUUGAUUUUAGUGAUGAAGUUGGUCGUAGAGCUAUGUUAAAUGUGAUAAGAUCUCAACUUAGAGAAGAAAAUUUUCAUGACGAGAUAAUUGUUAAUUCACUUAAAGUAUUGAAGAAAAUAUCAAUUAAUGAGAAAGAUUUUGUAUCAAUGACAGUUGAAAUUAUCACUGAUAUAAGGGAUUCAAAUGAAGAUGGUGAUGUUUUUGGUCCAUCUCUACAGGAAAAGUCUAUAAAACAAACAAAUGAUGGUGAUAUUGAUAUGGAUGAAAUUGAUGAAGAAUUGAAUGAUUUGGAUCUGGACAUGGAAGAUGAUGAUGAUGGAUUCAAUAAAAGGAGAAAACUUGAAGAAUCAAUGCCAAAUGAUGACGUAUUACUUCGUUGUCUUAAACUAACCAAACAUACAUUAGAAUUAAUUGAAGAUGAUUUAAGUACAUAUUUAUCAUUAAAUUCUUUAUACACUGGUAUUGUUAAUUAUGCAUUAACUAAAACAGAUAAUGCUCAAAUUUAUAUAAUUGCUUUAAAUUGUUUAGGAUUAUUUGCAUUAAUUGAUGAUACAAUUGCAAGAGAAGCAUUAAUUACAUUUUUCAAUGCAACAAAGACAUCUGGUGAUCAAGUUAAAUUUGCAUCAAUUAUUGGAAUUAUUGAUAUUAUAUCUACUUUUGGUAUAAAUAUAAUUGCACCAGAGAAAAGAUUUGGAUUUUUAAGAUUAUUUUAUAAAUUAUUAUUAGAUGAUAGUCCAAAAUUACAAGCAUUAAUGGGAGAAGGUAUAAGUAAAUUAUUUUUAGCUGAUAUUUUUAAAAUUGAAAAUGAAUUAAAUAGUGGUCAUGAAGAAGAAGAAGAAGAAAUUGAUGAAUCAGAAAAAGAAUUAUUUCUUGCAUUAUUAUUAAGUUAUUUCAAUUCUUCAAAUGGUACAAAUUAUGAAUUAAAACAAGUUUUAGCAUUUUGUAUUCCUGUAUAUUGUUAUUCACAUCCAAAUCAUCAAUUAGGUUUAGCUACAAUAAGUGGUGAAUUAUUAUUAAAAGCUCUGGAAUCAAAUACUAUAAAAGCUACUAAAAUUUUAACUCAAUUAUUAGAUUGGGGAAAUCCUUUAAAUUUAGUACAAACUAAGGAAGAAAAUAAUACUUCACAUAUAUGGCAAGCUUUAUAUAUUUUAGAAGUAUUUGAUGCAAAUGAAUUGACAAAAGAAUACAGAAGGGCUAUUAUAAAUAAUUUAUCAAAAAUUAGAAUUAAUAAAGAAAUGGAAAAAGAUUUACUAUUAAAAUUAAGUGAUAGCCUUGAAAGAGUUAAAGAUUUAUGUGAAGAGUCACAUGAUAAUCCCAAUUAUCAGCUAGAUAAGUCAACAGUAAGAAAUUUACAAAAUUUUUACGAUUUGGUGGUGUCAUGUUUACCAAGUGAAGAUGCAACGAUUAAUGAAAUUGAAGAAGAACCACAAGGAGUUGAAAAUGAGGCUCAGAAUGAAGUAGAAGAACCUGAAGAAAAUGAAGACUCUAUAAUUCAAAGUGAUGAAGAAGUAAAAGAUAAAAGUGAAAAUGAAAGUGAAGACGAAAUGUGA